GGCAGCAACGCUCCUGUAAGUUAGUUUGGCAACGACCAUAAAACUCGCGAGAAGAAGAGCUCCGUCACAGUCACGUACCGGCUGAGGCAAGUCUCCUUUUGUGCAAUGGAAGUGAAGGGAUGCCGCCAGCGCUGGAAAUUAAAUUGCAGAGAGCUACAGAGCAAGAGAUGCUCAACUCCAGAAGUCACUGAAAGAGUCAAGAUAGAAGAGGGGGACAAAGAAGAGCCAUACAAAGGUGUUACCAUGGCAGCAACCUCCAAGUAUCUGACAGGCAGGCAAUAUCUCACUAGGAAGCCUCUGUUUUCUGUAGAAGAGCAUGUGUCCAUCUUAAAGAAGACACGUCCACAGAGGCUCAUGGAAAAGGAGAAACAACAGGACAGAAGUGAACAUCAUAAUAUUAAAUUCUUGCCCAAACCAAGAGAGGAGCUCAUCCCACAGAGACUUAGCCCGUCUCCCAUUGAAAUAUCACUUCCCUCUACCUCUGAAGAAGACCUGGGCUCACCCUUGGGUGUUUCAGAGCUGCACCAUGAGGACUCCGCUACAUUUGGAACAUCUUUCCCUGGAAACAGAUUGGCUCAGCAGAGCCUCUCAAGGUCUAACUUUAAAGUCUGUGGACUUGACCUUCCCCCGAAGCCCAGACUGACCUCCACGGUCCUUUAUCCUACGUACAGCCCCUGUUCAAACAAACGAAGCCAAGCUCAGCGUGUGAUAGAGAGCCGGAGGGAGAGAAGUUGGAGAGAAAGAAAACGGUGUUCUUUUGGAGUAAACUCCAAAGAGAUUCCCAAGUCUCCCUAUCAGGCAGACUACUGGGCCUGUGCCAUCCCUGAAACUCUGCCCCCAUCUCCAAACAGGCACUGCACAGCAUGGGACCCAAACAAGGAGUACCAGGAACUGCUGGAUUACACCUACCCACUAAGACCAAGACAGGUAGACAGUGAAUGGGACAGCUCCAAGAGCCUUCAGGAUGACAGCCUUCAGACAAACCUCAACCUGCAGGACUCAGGAAUUGCAAUGGGCCACCUAUGUAGUUCCACCAGCCUGCCAGGGUUGGACAUUUCAACCGGUGCAAGAGGACAGAGCAGUGAAAGAAUCGCUCUCAGCUCGAAUUAUAUGUCACCUGACCUGCAGUUUAUCACUAGAUCUUCAGGUGAACCACUAUCCCUGCUCUCUUUGUCCUCGGACUGUCUGGACUGCAGUGAGGAUGGAGGGGAAAGAAAUCCUUUUGUUAAUGAUAGUCUCAAUGAUCAGCACCAUAUGCGAUCCACAUCUACCUUUUCUGCUUUCAUACGCUCUGAAAGUGUACUUCGACAGUCCAGGUGUGUGCACGGGGACCUGGAUGAGGAAUUCCGGCCUCUUCCAGACCAGGUGGAGGAGCUGCAGCUCCUGUCCAGACAGGUGAGGGAGAUGACAGCUCAGCUGAGCUGGCCUGUCACAGCUAACUGGGACUCUCUGGAAACAUGCACCACCUCCUGGCCCUCUUCUAUCAGCUUGUCAGGAAAACAAGAGGAAAGGACUAAAGUCAAGGAGCUCCAGGAGGACAAACAAGACAGAAAUGACUUUAAAAAGUGGAGCACAGAGCACAAAAAUGCUCCUCCAACAGCAGCGGUUUACGUAGGGCAUGCUGACGGUGGCUUGGGUCGCCCUAGUCUCAAGAAGGCUGAGACUCUGGUGGACCGGCUGUGUGGGCUCAGCCUGAUUGAUAAUCCAAAGGAGAGCUUGGAGGGCCAGGAGCACAGUGACUCUCUGAUGCAACACAUCAAGGUCUUCUGUUCUCACCUGGAGCUGCUCAUCCAGCAGCUGAAUGCCAUGUCAGAGAAGAUGGAGCUGCUGACUGAACCCACUGUGGACGUGGAUCGUGGGAAGUCAUCUCUGGCUGACUACCAGAGCUUUCAGAGAGAACUUAGCAGCCAUCAGCCGCUGGCCUCCUGCGUUCUGAAUACGGGACAGCUACUCCUCAGCUGCAUCAACAGCACCUCUCCAUUUUUAAGAGACACCCUGCUCCUGAUUGAGAGUCAGUCAGAAAUGCUGCAGGCCCACAAUGAACACUUCUUCUCCUCCAUCCUGUCUGCUAUAGACAGCCUAGGUCAGCCCAAUCAAGCCAGUCCUGUCCAGCAGAGCACAAAGUGUCCUGUAAUGGUCCAAGAGUCAACUUAACAGACCCAACGACAGCUGACCAGACCUCAUGGCACGUCUGCAUCACAAAUAUAAAUAUUUGGUGUUAUUUCUGUCUAAGAACUCUGCUUUUGAUACAAGGCUCUCAUUUACUAUUCACAAAAAACACCAGUUCAUUUUUCACAUAAGCCUUCAGGACCAGCACCGAGCCACCAAAACACAAAAUUGUUCUUUUCUUAGUCUUAAUAUCGCACUGUUUUUCUGCCUAUACUCAAUAUCACAUUUGUCUUUUCCAAGACAUUCACAGAAGUCAAAUUAAAAGUCUGUUAACCAUUUCUUUUCAAAAAGGAUCUCUGUAAUCUGAUUUCCAGACACCAAAGUAAGUCAAACACUACAUUAGUGCAGCGACUAGAUAAACUAUUGUGAGGCAAACGGAGACACAUAGUGUGCAGCACAUAUAUCAUGGCCCACAAUGAACACAGAAGCUUUUUACUCCAAAAGAUAAUGUUUCAAUUACUCCAGGGCAGGAACAUAAAACAGGACAAAUUAAAACAUGAGCCCUUGACUCCUAUCAUGAUGGUUAAUCAUGAACUGUGCAGCUGCAAUGCACAGACAAACGUCUGUUUUCAGCACUGAUAAAAUACGAGUUUCACUCACCAGAAGCACAAAGUGCCUGGAUGGUCUGUACCACACAGCAAGUGAGGUUUUUGGUCACGCCGUUCCAUGAAAAUACAAAAGGUGGAGAAGUCCUAAGUGUUCUUAACUUUAUGGACAACUUUUUUCAAAUAGAUGAAUUAUUUUUAAAAGGCCCUAAUUAUUUGUGUAGUAGGCUGUAAACACUCAUUUUCACAUGUGAGUCUAAGCACUUUUUAAUUGGACCGUGUGUGUAAAUGAACACAUCAUCGAAGCACUUUCUAGCUAACGUCCACAGUUCAGCAGACCAAAGCUGUCAGGGAUCAAACCACCAGACUUCCAGUUAGUAGAUGACCGUCUCCGCUUCCUGAGCCACUCCUACCAAUUGUUCUGUGACAGCUGCCAUUUGCUGCAGUCACAUGAUCAAUCAUGGACACACGUCCUCUGGUGCCUGAAACAGAGAUGUUGACAGGGAAUCCUUUGGAUCCUAUCGGUUGUAUUGUCAUCUGUAAAGUUUGUAGGCUGAAUUACAGUUUUGCUCAAUGCUCAAUUCUCACGGCAGAAAAGAAAUGGGACGUAUUUUAUAAAAGGCGCUCCAACAAUCCAAAGGUUUUUCACAUAUGUCAGAGCAUGAAUAGUCAAUCACUUCAACUCUGUGAUGAAUGAAUAAAAAGCUUUCAGCACCCUUUAAAGACUAA